AUGGAAUCCGUAACCAUCGUCCAGGCUCAGCCGUUCGCUGGGAUAAACUCCCCGCUGCCGUUGGAUGAGGGCCGUCUUGGUACACCGGAGAGAGAUGCUACAAGCAUGCCUCAGCCUUGUUCGACUUCAACAUCCGAGAGUGCUGAGGAAUGGAAGCCUGCUUUGGGGAUGACAUUUGAAGGUCUGGAGGCCGUGGAAGCGUUCUACAAGGCGUUCGCACACCGCGUUGGUUUCGGGGUUCGUGUCGGGCAGCAGAAGGUGGUGGACAAUGUGGUUGAGAGCAAGCGCUACAUGUGCUCGAGCCAAGGGUUCAGGUCGGAGAAGGUUAAAAGGAAUGUUAAAGCCGCGAAUAAGAAGCGCAAGAGGGAGGUCACCAGAUGUGGCUGCGAUGCGCAUAUCUACGUCAAGCGCUGCAGCGGUAACACCUACAAGAUUCACUCGAUGAUUGAGCAACACAAUCAUGGCUUUGUGCCACCUGAUAAGCUUCAUUUGAUUAGAUCGAACCGUGGAGCUAGCGAGAAGGAAAAGGUUAUACCCGAGUGCGAUGAGGCGUUGAGGCCGUCCCUAGGGAUGGCAUUUGAAGGCCUCAGCUCUGCGGAGGAGUUCUACAAAUCAUAUGCACGUCAUUGCGGGUUUAAGGUGCGUGUCGGGCAGCAUAAGUUGCUGAAUAAGGAGGUAGUGCAAUUCAAGCGCUUCAUGUGCUCAAGGGAAGGCUUCAGGUCCGACAAAGGUAAAGACCCCUCUAGUGAGAGAAAGAAGCGAAAUGUGAAGGUGACUAGAUGUGGAUGUAAUGCCCAUAUUGUUGUGAAGUGGUGCAGUGGUAACACAUAUAAAGUAUCAUCAUUGAUCGAGCACCACAAUCAUGGACUUGUUUUACCUGAUAAAGUGACUAAAUCAAAGCGAAGAGUUAGUGAGAAGGCAAAGAAUAAACUAAGCUCUUCACUCGCGCCUGAAUGUGACGAGGCAUUGAAGCCAUCAGUAGGGAUGGUAUUUGAAGACAUUGGUUCUGUGGAGGAGUUUUACAAGUCAUAUGCACAUCACUGUGGGUUUUCAGUACGUGUUGGGCAGCGUAAGUUGCUGAAUAACGAGGUGGUGCAGUGGAAGCGCUUCAUGUGCUCAAGGGAAGGUUUCAGGUCCGAGAAAUGUAUGGGCGUUGAUGAUCCCUCUAGGAAGAGAAAGGUACGAAAGGUAACCAGAUGUGGGUGUGAUGCUCGUAUUAUUGUGAAGCGGUGCACUGAUAACAAGUAUAAAAUUACAUCAUGGAUCGAGCACCAUAAUCAUGGAUUUGUGCCGCCUGAUAAGUGUCACUUGAUUAGAUCGAAUCGUCAAUUGAGUGACAAGGUGAAGCCAACAGUAUCCACGCAUUGCAAAGCAAGCACAGGCACCUCCCAGGCAAACAAGCCUGAUCAUGUCAGUGAGGGGAGGUCUGACAAUGUGGGUUGCACAAAGAGAGACUUGCAGAAAUACCAUCAUGAUCUUUGUAGUAAAAUUAAGAAUGAAGAUGCUCAGAUAUUUGUGGCCCAGCUAUGUAGAAAGCAGCAAGAGGAUUCAGCAUUUUUCUUUGACUGUGAUGUGGAUGACCAGGGUAUGUUGGUGCAUGUAUUUUGGGCUGAUGCCACAAGCAGGAAAAACUACAUUUAUUUCAGUGAUAUGUUAACUUUUGAUUGUACAAACACACUGAAUCAACACGGCAUGAUUUUUGCACCAUUUACUGGGACCAAUCAUCAUCUGCAAAGUGUGUUUUUCGGUGCUGCAUUCCUAGCUGAUGAGAAGAUUGAGUCGUAUGCCUGGCUGUUUCAGACCUUCCUAAGGGCAAUGGGAGGGGUCUCUCCUAAAACUAUUGUAACUAGGGAAAAUGAUAGGAUGAAGGCUGCGAUCAGUAAUGUUCUACCAGCCACCACCCAUAGGUUGUGCAUGUUGGAGAUGUUGGAAAGAAUGCCCGAGAAGGUUGAACCAUCUCUUAGAAACAACCCUCUAUUUCAGACAAGGAUGAACGAAUGUGUUUUGGGGUCAGAAACUGUGUUCGAGUUUGAGUCAAAAUGGGAGUCUAUAAUUUCCGACUUUGGGUUGCAGGGCAAUCAGUGGCUGGCUGAAAGGUAUUCCGCCCGUGAAAGAUGGAUUCUGGCCUACUCGACGGAUAUCCAUCUGUCAGGCAUUCUCAGAAGCACUGCAUGGUCAAAGAGCGCAAAGUCAUUUUUCAACUGUUUCAUCAACCAGAAGCUCUCUUUGGUUGAGUUUUGGCUUAGGUUUGAAGCAGCCUUAGAGUGCCAGCGUCAAGAGGAAUCGAAUGCAGAUCACACGAGCGCCCAUACGACGCCUCAACUGAUAACACCAUGGGGAUUGGAGAAGCAUGGAAGUGUAGUGUUCACACAUGAGGUGUUUGAGAGAUUCCAAGAAGAGAUUGUCGCUGCUAGAGACCAUUGCGUUGUCGAAGACAUGGCACAAACCGAGGGGGUGAAAACUGUGGCCAUCGGUGGUGACGACUCCGACAAAGUUAGGGAGGUGCGCUGGGACGCAAUCACCAUGACGGCCAACUGCUCCUGCAAGCUAUUUGAGUCGGUAGGAAUCCCGUGCCGCCAUAUUAACCUAGUGCUGAGAAGCUCAAAACUGAAUGAGCUACCGAGUAGUUGUGUUUUGAAAAGAUGGCAAAAGAGUGCAAAAUUUGGGUAA